AUGAAUGGUGGCAGUGAAAGUGGAGGAGGAGAUAACUAUGGAGGGGUCCCAAUGGUCCAGGUGCCUAUUGGCUGGCAAAGGAGGGUGGAGCCAGGCACUGUGAUUUACAUAAGUCCAAGUGGUACAGUUCUUACCUCUAUGGAUCAGUUGAAGACCUACCUAGUAACGGAUGGAACCUGUAAGUGUGGGUUGGAGUGUCCACUUAACAUCUACAAGGUUUUUAACUUUGAUCCUAGAGCAGUGGUGAAGAGGCGCAGCGCAGAAGACGUAAAGGCUGAGGAGGACAUGACCAAACUCUGCAACCAUCGUAGGAAAAUUGUGGCCCUUGCUACCUUAUAC